AUGGGUGAACCGAUGCACCAGUGGGAAACCUGUGAGGCUAUCACUCCACGGUUUAACGAGACACUCACUGCCAACGAUACUGACCACAACUUGAUGAGGUACUCCGCCUUCGACACGGCACUCAUAGUCGGCAUCAUGCCUGCUCUGCUCUUCUUAGGUCUCGUUACCAAUUUGUCCUUCCUGAUCGUUGUGGUCUGUGUUCCCUUCAUGCGAACUGCUACCAACUACUACCUAUCACAGCUAGCCGUUGCUGAUAUAGCGCUGCUGAUCACAGCAGUUGGAGAAAAGCUCUGGUACUUCAUCGCCUCCCCCUUCGCGAUGGAUACAUCGGUGUUGGGCCAGGCUGGCUGCAUCUGGGUGCCCAUCUUGAAGAAAACCUUCUCCUGGGUGUCCAUGUUGCUGGUGACGCUGCUCAACUUUGAGAAGUUCUACGCCGUCUGCUGGCCGCUGAAACACCGCACCGCACAGUGUCAAAGAAAACAGGGGAUCCGACGGCGUAUCUUCACAAUAUGGCUCACAGGUGCGGCGGUUUCUCUCUUGACUGUACUCAAUAACGGUAGGUACGCUACCUUCCGCGUAAUUGACGGGCAGGAUAAGCUUACAGGCCAAGACAACCUGUUGGAAAUUGGUGUUUGUUGUCCCUUAACUGCCUCUCUCGACAUUGCUACGCUCUCAAUCUACGGGGUUUUGUUCGUCACCUUUUGGCUGUCCAAUAUUUUCAUGUCGGCCGGGACAAUCCGAGCGAUUAAGGGCAGGAAGGUAGCGGCGUGUAAGGAGCAGACCAUUAACCUGCCUGCCAGGCGUAUACAGAGCAACAACCUGAUCGCUCGGAUGGUCAUCGUGAAUGGUAUGGCCUACUUCUUGCUUCUCAUACCUCGACACAGCUAUAAUAUCGCACAGGUGGCCAAGCUGAACCUUCUCCACGAAAGCCAGCGGAAUAUCGUUCUGAACAUCACCAGGAUUAUCCUUUACCUCAAUUCGGUUAUCAACCCUGUCAUUUAUGUCCUCGUGAAUCCAAGGUACCGCAGGGCAUACAAGAGGGUAUUCUGGUGCCAAUCUAAAGCAACCAGAGAGACUGCACGGACAUGA